CUGGGCAGGAAAAUGGUCAGGAAGUCCCUGGUGGCUGGCCUGGUGGUUUUGCUGGUGGCUGCAGUAGGAGUGUUCGUGGGGGUGUUCAUGGGAGUGGGAAACAAGAACCCCAUCUCACCCUCAGACCAUUUCUACUCAAAAGCUGCCGUGGCUACAGAUGCUGGGAUAUGCUCUGAGGUGGGGAGGGACAUCCUGAAGAGGAACGGCUCAGCGGUGGAUGCAUCUAUCGCCGCCCUGCUGUGUGUUGGCCUCCUGAACGCUCACAGCAUGGGCAUUGGAGGGGGUCUCUUCUUCAACAUCUACAACGCUUCCACAGGGAAGGUAGAAACCAUUGACGCGAGGGAGACAGCACCCAUGACCGCGACAGAAGACAUGUUUGGCAAUAACACCCAGCUUUCUCAGAAAGGUGGAUUGUCUAUAGCCAUUCCAGGGGAGAUUCGUGGUUACGAGAUGGCACACAGGAGACACGGCAGGCUGCCAUGGAAGGAGCUGUUUGAGCCAAGCAUUGAGUUGGCACGCGUAGGUUUCCCUAUCGGCAAAGCCCUGGCCAAGGCCAUCGCCAGCAACAAGGACGCUAUUCAAGGAGAUGCCAAUAUGUGCGAAGUGUUCUGUGACUCCCAGAAAAACAUCCUGAAGGAAAAUGAUAUCAUUAAAUUUCCCAAACUAUCAGACACCUACAAGAGGAUAGCGGAGGAAGGACCUGGUGUUUUUUACAAUGGGACAAUGGCACAGACAAUUGUUGAUGACAUCCAGGCAGCAGGUGGGAUUAUCACCCUGGAGGACCUAUUGGACUACAGGCCUGUGUUGAAUGAGAACCCACUGAAGCUGACCGUGGGCGAGUACACCAUGCACGUCCCAGACGCCCCCUCCAGCGGCCCAGUCCUGGCACUCAUACUCAACAUAGUGGACGGGUAUAACUUCACUGGCACAAGUGUUUCAACGGUCGAGAAAAAGACUCUGACAUAUCACCGCAUCGUGGAAGCUUUCCGGUUUGCUUAUGCCAAGAGGAGCAAACUAGGGGAUCCACGCUAUCUCAAUAUCACUGAUCUCAUCCACAACAUGACCUCAGACUACUUUGCUGACGGGAUCAGGAGUAAGAUCACAGAUGACACCACUCAUCCCGACAGCUACUACGAGCAAGAUUAUUUUGUCCCAGACAAUCAUGGGACUGCACACCUGUCCGUCAUAGCUGAGGAUGGAAGUGCUGUGGCUGCCACCAGCACAAUCAAUCUAUAUUUUGGCUCAAAAGUCAUGUCCCGCUCAACUGGCAUCAUUUUCAAUGAUGAGAUGGAUGACUUUAGCUCUCCAUACAUCACCAACGGCUUUGGAAUCCCUCCAUCUUCUAACAACUUCAUCCAGCCUGGUAAAAGGCCUCUCUCUUCUAUGUGCCCAACUAUUAUCUCUGACAAAGACAAUAGAGUGAAAAUGGUGGUUGGAGCCUCUGGUGGAACAAAGAUCACCACAGCAACUGCCCUAGUGAUUCUGAAUACCUUGUUCUUUGACUACGACCUCAAAAAAGCUGUGACACUACCUCGAAUUCACAAUCAACUCAACCCAAAUAUGACUGUAGUGGAGGACGGCUUUGAAAAGAGUGUAUUAGAUGGCCUGGUAAAGAAGAACCAUGUAACAGAGCUGCUGAUGACUCCUGAUUCAGUGGUUCAGGCGGUGGUGAGACAGGGGGAGCGGCUCUGUGCCGAGUCCGACCCCAGGAAAGGGGGCUAUCCAGCGGGCUACUGAGUCUUACCUCACCUCUUCCUUCCCAAACCUGGAGUGUACCUCCAUAAAAAGGCAGGGAUAGAGCUAAGUAUCUGGAAAGACACGAAAACAAUGCCUCCUCAAGGUGACACAGCCACUCGCUUUCUUCAGCUGAAAUUGAUUUCAAGACGUGGAAAAUGACUUUCCUCCACAUCAAUACCUCCUCCCUUCACACCAAAUAACCGGCGGCAUUUCUGCUUUUAUUUCAGCGUUACUCAUGAUUUAUUUUUGUGUUUUGAAAAAGAAGUGAGGUUGCAUCUCUGAAAGUGGCAUUUUUAAAAUCCUAGCUAUAUCAAGAGAUCAUCAUUAUCAAUUAUCCUGAAGAUGGAAGUUUAUUAAUGCAAUUGCAGUGGGGUAGCAGAAAGCUGGACUGCAACUUUCGUUUCCUGCUGGAUGUAAAUACCAAUGGGCCAGAACUUUAUGGACGCCAUGAAUCUUCUGAUAUACAUUAUGAAAUAGUUUGCCUAGGAAGUAUUAGCCAACAUAUUAGUCAAAUUACUCUGUGAUGAUGAGCGAUCAUUCUGUUUGACAGAAAAAGAGCCAUUUAUCUGAGAUUUAAGGAAAGCAAUGUUUUAGGGGAGAAUAUGAACACCAAUAUGGAAGGUUGUCAAAGUAGUUUGUCUGUCCAUUGAACAAAUCAAAUGUAGAGACAUGACUGUUUUAUCUCUCCAUCAAGGAAAAAUGGUCUGUAUGUUUUAACCUCAGGCCUUAACCUCAGGUCUUAACUGGUCAGGUUGCUAUAUCUGUUGGUGCUUUAUGGGUUGGCUAAAUCACAAACAUAUCUGGCAACCAGGCUACAGGUCUACCUGCCUUAUGAAGAUGUUGGUCACAGGUAGCUACAUUUUUCCUUUCAUGAGGAAGCAUAUUCUGAUGUGUUACCUGAAAACUGUGAUUUCUGUUUUUCUGAUUUCAUCUCAACUCUGACCGUUGCCCAUGGGGGCCUAUUGUUAACAAAGGCUCAAAUAUGGCUGCCAUUUAACUAUUCAAAUGGUACUUUUACAUUUUUUGUGAUGCAGAAUGUUGAGAAAAACACAAAUGGUUCAUGUUUAAUAUGGAGUAAGACCAUAGCAGUACAGUGAAUGUAUAGUGUAUUUUACAUUUGCAGAUAUAUAUUUUUAAACAUGCAUUGUUCUCAUGCCAUGCUUGUUAUUAAAAUGUUUAAAAUGAGAUAUA